GCACGUGAUAAGGGGUUCUGCAACGUCAUUUCCGCUCUUGUUUAUAGACGUAUUUUGAGUAGAGAGGUAUACUUUCGGCAGCUUCCGGGGCAUCAUUUGCUGCAUAUCUCAAAACAUGCAUAGGUGACACCCAUGUUGCUAUAAGGCAGAGAGGACAACUGUUCCAAAACCUUUCCCAGAGAAAUCUGAGAGAAAAAACUGCCCGCCUCAUACAUUCUCCUGAUGGGUGCCACUCUGCCAGCCUUAGCGGAAGAACUGUUGAGAGAGAUAGAAAAGGCUUUUUGCGAGACAUCUCACGUUCCCGAUGACCUCCUCCUGGCGCUGAAGUUUAUCUUUGGGGCUUCUGCCGUCCCUGCUCUGGACUUGGUGGACCGCCAGUCAGUCACACGGAUCACAUCUCCCAGCGGAAGGCAGGUCUACCAGGUGGUUGGAAGCUCAGGCAAACACUACACUUGUUACGCCUCCUGCCACUUCUGCUCCUGCCCGGCCUUCAUGUUUUCUGUCCUCCGGAAGGGCGACAGUCUUGUGUGUAAGCACCUUCUUGCCGUCUACCUCAGCCAGGCGCUCGGGUCCUGCCAGGAGCUGACUGUCCCAGACAAGCAGCUGACCAGACUCUUGUUGCAAGAGGAGGAGGAGGAAGAAAGAUGAAGACCUCAGCCUGGGUUUCGAGAGAGAGAAUGCUCUCCUGCUCCUCUACGAACAGCCUCCAAGAUUCAGUAAGGGAACAGAGAGCCUGUGUGGCUGUCUGGACACUGCUGGACUCCAACUCCCAUCAGCCCUUGCAGUUAGCAGUGGCUGGUGGUGAGGGAUGCUGGGAGUUGUGGUCCAAGCAGACCUGCUCUAAGAAGCGGCAGUGAAUACUCCACAGGAGUGAUGCCUCUGUUUGGAAGAGAAGGGAAUCCUAGCCUCUGGAGAGAAGGGAAUCCGGAAGUCCUUAGACUCCAACUCCCACCAGCCCUUGCUGCCAGCAAUGGCCAGUGAUGUUGGGGGUUUGAAUGUGACAUUGUCCGAAGGGCCACGGGGUCUCAAGAAAGGGGCGAGGGCCUUAACCCAAACUGGGAUCAAUGAAAGAUUAUAUCCCCCUGUUCUCGCUGCCCGUCUGGCUUCUGGGGGAAGCAGGCAGACGUCUACCUUGGACCUGUAAUUGCUCCAUGCAGAUACCUGAUUAUUUUAGGGUCACAUUACAAUUUUUGUAUAUGUGCAUGCAGGAAAAUGAAAGCUUUUGUGUGUGUCGGUGGGGAGGGUUUAAAUCCUCCCAGGGCCACCAAGCGUAAGUCCGGUUCUGCGUUCCCAAGCUGAACGCGUCUGCUGAGCUUCUGUGGGGGCACAUUUGAAUGUAGAACUCCACCCUGCGCUCAGCUCCUUGAACCAAUCGGCUUUGUUUCAAGUUUCUAGUCCUUAUUACAGGGAAGAGAAUCCUGCUGUGAUGUAUAUAGAGAGCGAGCUGAUAGAGGUGGUUGUUUUUCCAGGCUGGGGCUGCAUGCCAAAGGUGAGCUAGGCCACCUAUUUCCCUCGUCUCUUUGCCACCCCUUCUCUCGCUCUUCCUCUUCCGCCUUUCUUUCUCUCUUUCCCUCUCUUCCUUCCUUUCCCAGAAGGCUGCCCAUGGGAGAGGCAGAUCACCCUGGCCUAAACUCAUCGCUUGCAGACAGCCUCUCGCCUCAUACCAGUGCAACCUCUUCACCCCAUCCAUCCCUCUUCUCUCUCCCAGCUCCCACCUCACCUUAAAUCAGACUGUGGAGCUCUGAAUAUUUGCCUAGGAGAGGGAAGCCGCACAUUCUGUCGCAAGACCAGCACUCAGCCCUGAAACUCACCAAGGGAUCUUGGGCCAGGCACUCAGACACAGUGCCUAACCGACCUCCCAGGGUUGCUGUGAGGACAAAAUUCAGAGGGCAGCAGUGGGCGCCCCCUGGGUUUCCUUGCAGGGAAAAGGCAGGGUGCCAUUUAGAAGCCAGGUGUCAAGUGUCGCCUGUCCCAAACCACAGAACACGCUUCCAGCAGAGAUGCGGCAGGCACCCUCCCUUUUUGACUUUCACGCCGGCCGGCCAUUUUGCAACUCUUCCUUUUUUACUCUGAUGAGCCACUCAGCUUAAUGGUUAUCCAUUUAUCUUUCGAAUGGCUUUGUGUUUUAGCACUUUACCCCACCCUGAUAUUCCACGAAAUAGCUGUACAGGAAUACUUCUCUCUGCAAUAAAAAGCUAAAUUUAAAUAAAGUAAUAAAUAGUUGGAAGGCUGCGACAGGUGACAUCUGGUGAAAACUCAGAAGCCAGGGGAAUAGUUAAAUAUAAGUUUUGUUUGGGUUUGAGAUUUUUUUGAGGUGGGGGGGUAUGUGCUUGAAUGCAUUAGCCCCCCCCCCAAAAAAA